AUGAGGUACUCCAUUCUUUCAUUCCUUCUCGCGGUCCUCGUCUCGCUCGCGGUGGCACAAACUCCCACCGCGACGGACACUGCUGAGACAACCACGGCAGCCGACCAACAAUCCUCAACACCACAAGCAAGCGGCUCCGCGACUACCCCAACCUCGACAGCUGCGCAAGGAACCAGAACAAAUGGUAGCGGCGGGGGUGGAACGACCACGGCCCCGUCCAGCACACCUCCUGCGGAUGUCUACCUCAAGGUCCCUGAGCUCUCCGUCGGGCGCAUCGAGCUCGACGUCGACAACCUCAACGCCGAGAUCAAUCUCGCUGCAGAGGUUGCCAAGCUCGUAACUAUCAAUGCUGGCGUGCAGGUCGGCAUCGAGAAGGUCAACAUCACCAUUGCUGACGUUUCAGCGGAGCUCGAGCUUGUCAUCCGCCUCGGUAAUCUUGUCGACAUUGUCAACCGUACCUUGGCAUCCCUCGACCUGAACCCGCUCCUGAUCAACCUCCUCGACACAGUUGGAGAUGUCGUCGACGACGUCAUCGGCGCCGUGGAUGGUCUUCUCGGCUCUAUCGUCAACGGCGACACCAAGAUCAACUUCCUCAUCGACAACCUCGGCAACAUUGUGCAAGAGGUCACCAACGCUGGCAGUAGCGCUCUUAGCAGCAUCAUUGGCAACUACCAGCAGAACAUGACUUUCACUGGAUCUCAGACGGACCUCGGCAAUGGCUUGGUUCAAAAGGUCUACGAGUAUGCUCCGCUAAGCUCGUUAGUCAAUAUAGUCUUCAACACGCUCGGCCAAGUUGUCCGAGCUACGGUUGUGAAGGGUGGAUCAACAGGAACUUCGACUACUUCGGGCACUACGGCGGCAGCCACAUCUGCUGCAACAAGUGCUGCACCUGUCACGACGACAGCGGCGGCUAGCACGUAG